AUGUCUCACAGUGAAAUGUCUCGCAAAGAAAUGUCUUGCAGAGAAAUGUCUGGCAGUGGAAUGUCUCACAGUGGAAUGUCUCGCAGUGAAAUGUCUCACAGUGAAAUGUCUCACAGUGAAAUGUCUCACAGUGGAAUGUCUCACAGUGAAAUGUCUCGCAAAGAAAUGUCUUGCAGAGAAAUGUCUGGCAGUGGAAUGUCUCACAGUGGAAUGUCUCACAGUGAAAUGUCUCGCAGAGAAAUGUCUCGCAGUGAAAUGUCUCACAGUGAAAUGUCUCACAGUGGAAUGUCUCACAGUGGAAUGUCUCACAGUGGAAUGUCUCACAGUGAAAUGUCUCACAGUGGAAUGUCUCACAGUGAAAUGUCUCACAGUGGAAUGUCUCACAGUGGAAUGUCUCACAGUGAAAUGUCUCACAGUGGAAUGUCUCACAGUGGAAUGUCUCACAGUGAAAUGUCUCACAGUGGAAUGUCUCACAGUGAAAUGUCUCACAGUGGAAUGUCUCACAGUGAAAUGUCUCGCAAAGAAAUGUCUCGCAGAGAAAUGUCUGGCAGUGAAAUGUCUCACAGAGAAAUGUCUUGCAGAGAAAUGUCUCGCAGUGAAAUGUCUCGCAGAGAAAUGUCUCGCAGUGAAAUGUCUCACAGUGAAAUGUCUCGCUGUGAAAUGUCUCGCAGUGAAAUGUCUCGCAGUGAAAUGUCUCACAGUGAAAUGACUCACAGUGAAAUGUCUCGCAGUGAAAUGUCUCACAGUGAAAUGUCUCACAGUGAAAUGUCUCGCAGUGAAAUGUCUCACAGUGAAAUGUCUAGCAGUGAAAUGUCUCACAGUGAAAUGACUCACAGUGAAAUGGCUCACAGUGAAAUGUCUCACAGUGAAAUGUCUCACAGUGGAAUGUCUCACAGUGGAAUGUCUCACAGUGAAAUGUCUCACAGUGGAAUGUCUCACAGUGAAAUGUCUCACAGUGAAAUGACUCACAGUGAAAUGUCUCACAGUGAAAUGUCUCACAGUGAAAUGUCUCAGUGGAAUGUCUCACAGUGA